AUGUCUCAUCAAAACCUUUUUUCUCUCAUUCUUCUUUUCAUCCUUGUUACUAGAGCUGAAUCUACAGUUAACAGAUUUCGAAUCCUAGAAGAUGAAUCCACCGUUGACGUAUAUCAUAUCCUCGAAGGUGGAGGAGAAUACAAUACAUUCAUCAAAUUCCUCAAAGAAACAAAAGUUGGAGAUCGAAUCAACUACAAAGCCAAUUCCAGCGAUGGCGUGACAGUGUUAGCCCCAACAGACAAUGCAUUCAAAAACCUCAUAAAUAGUAUAUCUGACGACGAGCAUAAACUACAACAACUCAUAAAUUACCAUGUAAUCUCAAAAUUCUACGAAUUUGAUGAGUUACAAACAGUGCAUAACCCUGUAGAGACGCUAGCGACAGGGGAAGAUAAUGAGCCUCUUGGACUUAACUUCACCGGAAAGAAAAAUCAACUGAAUGUGUCAUCUGGUUAUGUGGUAACAAAUGUAUAUGAAAAAGCAAUAUCUAUUAGUACAGAUCCACCAUUGGCUGUUUAUAAAUUAGACAAAGUUUUAGUGCCUUCUGAGUUUAUUGAUCCUAAAUCUCCAUCUAGUAAUGAUGCCCCUGCACCUGCUAAGGCCAAGAAUGGUACUAGUGAUGAUGAUGAAAUAACAGCUGAUGAUAAGCCAUCACCAAUAACUGCUGCUGCUACUAAGCCAAAUGAUGCUAAGAGGAUUAAUGUUGGAAUUCUUUGUUUGAUUUCUUGUGUUUUCUUGAUGGGACAACUUUCUUGA